AUGGAUCUGGAGCAGAUCGGAGGAUCAACCUUAGACGCUAUGGCUAAAGCUGUUGAGAAUUCUUCUGUCGUCCUUGUUUGCGUAUCAGAGCGAUACAAGGAGAGUCCAAACUGUCGUGCAGAAGCAAAGUACGCGUUUCAGUUAAGAAAAGAAAUUAUACCUUUGAUGAUGCAACGCAACUACAUGCCAGACGGUUGGCUGGGUAUAAUCGUGGGAGAAAAGUUCCGGCACGACUUUCACUGAAAGUAAACACGUAUUGGAACAAAGUGUAACGGGACUAAUUAGAGAGCUAGGAGGGAGAGGAAAGGAGGCUGACGUGACAGAUGGGCCAUCCGAACCAGCAGUUCGAGCAGUUCAAGCAAAUCUUCUUGCCGCACCCUCAUUCCCAGGGGUGUCUACCUGGACUAAUGAAGAGGUGAAACAGUGGUUCAAAGAAAUUGGAUUAGAAAAGGUUUGCAAGGAAGACAUUUCAGAGAUGAAUGGACAGUCACUGACUGGUCUUCAGCAACUACGUGAGGAAUGCCCCGAGUAUUUCUACAGAUGUCUAGAACGGGACUUGAACUUGAAAAACAUACUAGAUAUACUCAAAUUUACGAAGGAGCUGAGGAAGCUGUGCUGUGGCAUGCAAUGACUUUAAUUUCAGUAUUUUAGCAUUCACUGUACGGGGCUAAAACCAACCCAUUAUUGACGAGAUUCAACGCAAACGUAGGGCACAUUUAAAAUCACAGCUAAGUACACAAAACUUUACGUGUAAAACGUGCGGCAUAAAGGAGGUCCCAUAAAUUGAAUUAGUGGUUUCAUGCAUAUUGACGCUACAGUUUAUUAGUAUUACUGUUCGGCCUAAUAACAGGCGUUGAUUGAUCUUCAACAAAUAAAUGCGCUGGGUUUUUCUACAGUUGUUUAGAGCGGAUCUUAUAUUCGACGAAUAUGGUCCAUUCAGGAAAGAACUGAGUGGCCUGUUAGGCUAUUUUAACAAUUGGUGAGAGAUAGGUGUGAGUGUUGUAAGCCCAAUGUACCGUUACAUACUCCAUAGGGCUAGAACCCGUUAGAGUUAAGACUCGUUUCCAGGCAGUUACUAGCACUGAUGUUUUGAAUUUUCCAUUUGGUUGUCUUCGAUAAAGUAUAAUAGGCCUGCUCAGAGUGUUUGCAGGUGUAGGAUGAGAGAUUGCGAGGAAAGCUUUUCUUAAACUAAUUUUUUAACUCAUUUCCAAUUUGCUCAAGUGUAUUCUUUUACCGUGUUUAUUAGCGCCCACCUCGAAUAAGCGCUCAUCCUAAAGGCAGAAAAAGUUAAUAAGCGCCCAGCCUCACGUAUAACACGUAUCUCAUUAAAAUAGAUAAGAUUAAAAAUAGACUAUACAUAUAAGAUAUCAUUAAAUAGAUCAGCCAAGUUUCCUUUCAAAAUUUCUCGCAAUAAAACCCUAUCCUUCAUUUUCGAAUGACUACAACAGCAACCCGGAAGUUCCAGCUGAGACCAUACAUCACAAAUCCAGUUUGGAGUUUAACGUCAGUUCUACAGGUCGAACCAUCUGAUCGAUCACCUCUAUAGUUACCCGAGUUAAAGAGAACAAUUUCGGUGUAUCAUUACCAGAUCUUAUGUAACUUACUAGUAACUAAGCCAUAGAUUAUUGAACAAAAAGGAAAAAUAAUUAGAAAGACUGACUUUAAAAGUUCCUGUUGAAACUUUAGUUUGUCUUAAAUAAAGAAUAUAUUUUAAAAAGGUAAGAGAGAGUUCUUCCUAAAGACGUAAUUAACCUCAAUGAACUGAAAUAUCGGCAGAACCCUCGAAGAAAAUAAUCCAGUUUCGGUUGGUCGCCCUUAAGUCUAUUUCACGCCACGUAAUGAAUAGCGAACACAGAUUUACAUUUGAAGGCAAACAAAAAACAAAACUGGAAAGAAAAAGCGAGGUAUGCAUGCAUGGAUGUAUAAUGAAAUUGAGAUUUAAAUGCAGGGAAAGUUACUCAAUGACAAGUUUAAAACUGCCAACGAAGUCAUGAGAGAAACCAUUUCAGCGAAAUUCGUAGGAAACUCAGUUUAACAAAGUAAUUGUUGAAUUAAUUAUGACAAAGGCUCUUGUUACACGGAACGGAUGGAUAAUCAACCUAGACAGAUGUAGGGUGCAUUCAUUUGCUGCAAAGUCUUUGGGGCGUAAAAGCGAACGAAAAUGCGACGGCUGUAUCCGUGCGUUGAAAAUAAAUACAUGCUACAGUGGUUUAUUAGUAAGUCUAAUUAAUUCUUAUUUCGGAAUUUUACAUUUCUCAUUUUCCUUCUUAGAAUUUUUCUGACAAAGUUGUUGCAAUUUUGGUGUAUGUGGAAUAGUUUUAAAGGAGACAUAAGAAGUAUUGAAGUCAAAACACUGAACCCCGUCAGAUAACGCGAUUUUUGCAUGGCAACGGGUGGUCAGUGAAAUAGAGACUCUUUGGUGCUAUUGGUUAUACGGUUCUUUGACGUAUACAAGUCACACCCAUCUCGCUAUGCUGAAAUAAUCCGAUAAUGUGUCAAGAUGCAUUAACAAUCCAUGUCGAUUUUCGCUCAUUUCCCAAAAAGUCGGUACAGCAGACUUGAAUAGGUCGUACAAAGCACUGGUAUACGUCAGAUUAAUAGCUAAAUCGAAAUCUCAUUAGAGCUGAAAUGCUGGCAAAUUAAAGGGGCUGUGUCACGGCAGUCCAGGUCAUUUUGUUUCAUUUUACAAAUUACUCGCCCUCAAUCGCUAUGGAACUUAAAGUAAGCAAAGAAAUUACAUGUAAAUGACAAAAUCAGAGAUCCGAGACAAACAAAUAUGUCUCCUGAACAUUAUUUUUGAAGUUGCAAGCAGCAGGGACCAACUUUGAAAAACUGUUAGGCUGAACAGUUUUCAAAAACCCUAAUUUCAAUCCGUUUCAAUCUUCUUCAGUUUUGCCCAUCCGUGGCAUCUGUUAUUUCUGUUAUGUUGUUUUAACCUUCCUUUAAAGUUUUAAGCGGUUAUUUUUAUGUUUCUUUUAAUUUAACGGGCAUUUUGUAAUUUCCUAAUUUGGCUGAAUUUCGUGACAGAGCUCCUUUAAGCAACAGAAAACGUUUUCCGUGUUUGCAUAGCCUGAUAUAAACACGAGAGGGGUUGGGAGAAUUCGAGACAGUUAUGCAAACCCUCGACUUCGUCUCGGAUUUGCAUAACUGUCUCGAAUUCUCACAACGCCUCGAGAGUUUAUAUCAGGCUAUGCAAACACAGGAAAAAAAGUUUUCUAUUGCUUUUAUAAAAUAACUUUCCCGAGAAAAAAACGCAAAACUCUUUGUAUGGAACUGAUUAAAAGAGAAAUUCUUACCAGUCGCAAAAACUUGUCCACGAAGUCUUGCACGCGUAAUCAGUUCUUGUUUUGCAAAAAGAUGCUUUGCAAAAUAGGGAUUUUUCUCGCUUAAAAUGUCAGCUUAAGCGAAGAAAAAUUGACACACCAUCUUUGUAACAAUUUUCCAAGUGUCAGCCGACGAAGGAAUGGGUAAAUAAAGUAAACUUGUCGAGUUUUGAACUCUAAAACUUUUUCAAAUUCGUGCUUGCGUAAUUAGCGCGCGAAAAGCCAAACAACUUGACGCCACAACCAUGUUUACAUACUCUCACGCAAACACUCCUCUCGGCCAAUCAGAGCGCGCGUACUAUCUUUUAUUUUAUAAAAGUACAUAGUAGUUCGCUUACAAUACUGUCUCGGUUUGCUAGACGGCAAUUACAGAUUUACAUCAUUUCUGCAUCGACAGGUCUUAGAAACCUCGUAUCACCAUGGGUGCCGGAGCAUCCAGAAACUCGCACCAUAAGCAUCACUCUAAACGACUACCGUCACCGCCAGACGAGAGCCUUUCCCCAUUAAAGGAUACGGUUCAACCAAAGAUUCCUGUCCAAGAUCAACAUUUCAGUCACGAAGCACAGACCAUGGAAAUUAAAGAGCAGGUUGAUGUUGCUCGAACCAGUCAGACCAGUACGGAUAAGAAAGCUUCACCCAACGAUACUCUUGAAACGUACAAGGCCAAAUAUCCCGACCAAACUGAGGAUCUAGAAACAAUGCUUGAAAGACUGCAGGCGCUCAAAAACUUUGUUGAUAAAGAUUUAAAUGACCCUGAAGACUAUGCCAAGUUGGGUAAGACGACCGAGGGUUUAUUUGAUACAAGCGUCCUCACAAACCAGUCCGCUGGGACUCGAGACGAAAAACAGUCCACCACACUUAUCGAAUUCACCAUUGAUGUCGGUGGCGCUGAACAAAUGAAACUUUUCGUACAGCAUUGCUGGAAGAAUUUCAGCUACCUCAUUAAAGAAGCCUCCGACGAUGAAGAGUCCGACGAUGAAGAAGAAACGGACGACUUCUAUUCAUUUUACGAUUGUCUUUGGAAUACUAUAGCGGCAAUACAUAACUUCUCAGACUUUCACCAAGGUUUUUGUUCAGCGUGUGCGGCUGCAGGUGUCAUUUCAAUGUGCUUUGAAAACGCCGAACAAAUUGAUGCUGAAAAUUCCAAGCGAGAAGAGGAAAAUGGGAAGCUAGUUACAAUACUUAGAAGCUUUCUUGGAAUUCUGCAUAACAUUUCACGGCGACUACGGGACCGUGAGCUGUUUGCUAACCGUGAGCAAACGUUGCUUCACUUUGCUAGGAAAAAAGAUCCAAAAAUUGCAGCUUUAUCUCUGCUCGCUCUAGCAUAUUUAGUUGAUGAAAACACGAAUUAUCUCAUUUUGGCGGAUGAGAACUUGCUUAGCUUUAUAAUAAUAUUACUAAAUCUGGCGUGGCAGUCGGAAGAUCGACGCCGUUGCUAUGGUUUUUCUGCAAAGGAACUCGCAGAAGGCCUUAGCCACCUCGCCAUCAACGACGCCAACAAGAAAAUUUUGGGACAAAACGGAGUCAUUCCUGUUUUGAUUUCAGUGAUCAAAACGUCGAACGAGGAUGAGGAGAAAGCCAGUGCUACAAGAGCAUUGUGGAUGUUAGCCUUUCAUGACAGUAACAAAGAAAAAAUACGUCAAGAAGAAGGGGCUAUGGACAUCUUACACAGGUUACAGCAGAGCGAGAACCCAGAAGUGCAGAAGGCUGCUGCAGGUGCAUUGUGGGAAAUCGAAGGGAAGACAGCUAGGCACUUAGAGAGGAUCGCAUCGACCAGGAAUCACGUGAUGAUCAGCUACCAAUGGGAUUCCCAGGAAGUGCUCGUCGAAGUGAAAAACAGGCUUCAAGCAAGUGGAUACAGAGUAUGGAUGGAUCUGGAGCAGAUGAAAGGAUCGACCUUGGACGCAAUGGCUGAAGCUGUUGAGAAUGCUUCUGUUGUUCUUGUCUGUGUCUCGCGACGGUACAAGGAAAGUCAAAACUGUCGUUCAGAGGCGACGUACGCUUAUGACUUGAAGAAAGAUAUCAUUCCUUUGAUGAUGGAACGUAAUUACAAAGGAGACGGUUGGCUGGGCAUUAUCGUGACAGGAAAGAUGUGGUUUGACUUUCAGAGUAAACACGUAUUAGAACAAAGUGUAACGAAAGUGAUCAAAGAACUAGGAGGAAGAGGAAAGGAUGUUGACGUGACAGAUGGUCCAUCCAAGCCAGUGGUGCAAGCAGUUCAAUCUGACAUUGUUGCCACUUCAUCCUCAUCCCCUGGGGUGUCUACCUGGACUAAUGAAGAGGUGAAACAGUGGUUCAAAGAAAUCGGUUUAGAAAAGGUUUGUAAGCAAGACAUUUCGGGGAUGAAUGGACAGUCACUGACUGAUCUUCAGAAAUUACGCGAGGAAUGCCCCGAGUAUUUCUACAGAUGUUUAGAACGGGACUUGAAUUUGACGAACAUGCUAGAUAUAUUCACAUUUACGAAGGGGCUGGGAGAGCUGUGUUAA